AUGUGGUACGAUAGGAAAGCCAUUCCGCCACCUCUCCCUAGUAGACCUUGUGGUGCUGCCAACAUAGAGCCCCCUCCUAUACCACCUCGAAGAAACGUUCAGCCUCCAACCUUUUCCUCUGAAGACCCCUUUAAGUCUCGAGUUGUUAAACCUGUGGCAGAAUUGCUGCAUUUGUACAAAUCCCCCGCCAAUGUUCAAUCGCUACAUGGCGAUUUAUUUCAGUCACCUAUCCUCCCUAGUUUAGGACCUCCUCUCUCAAUCUUCAAGAGUGUUCAACAUGCGGUUCCCAGGCCCAAUACGGGGAAUCAGGAUAGUGGCCCAUUAGAGACAAACAAAUUCUAUACAAACAUUUUACUCGAGGAUAAUACACAACCAAUAUGGACACAUCCUUAUUCCCUUUGGUUUUCGCGUGACCCAGAAUUAUUUGGUUUGGCCAUUAAUCAUACUUUGGCUUCCCAAAGGGUAUUUGACACAACUACUAAUCCUCCAAGAUUCUUUUUCAAUCCUACAAAUAUAAAAUCCUUUGUGUUCAAGGCAAGAGAGUUUAGUUCGGUAGAAGACAUCAAGCUUGAAUUUCAAGAUAUGAAACACAUGUCCAUGCGGUUACUAUUGUCCCUCAACGAUUCUCAGUUCAUAGAAUACCCGCUAGUUCAAGGGAUGGGCUUCGUUACGGCUAUUUAUCAUGAUCUAGUUUUUGAAUUGAGAAGUGCUGUUGGUUUUAGGCGCCUAGAGCUUGUUACUACAAAUGAGAGGAGUUAUAAAUACCAUAUUCAACUCGAAGACAACCGAGUUUGGCCGCUUUACUUGACCUCGCCAAAGUGCUCUUUUCCACAAGAUUUUCAGUUAUCACUAACUAAAAACAAUACGAUAACGUCUUCCCAUAAAAUUGAUGGUCUUGUUUGUCAAUUGUCAGGGGAUUCCGUCCCUGAUAUAGAUUUGGCAGCAGGUUGUUACCCAGUGACUUGCAAUUUAUCAGGUCAAACUAUCAAUGAGCAGCUAACAAAUUAUAGGUUUGAUUAUUCUGUGGAAGGCCCAUCACAGUCGGGCACUACACUAAUGUAUGCUUUGCCACAUCACAAAGCUACAUUCUCUUCAGAAAUGCAAAAAAGUGAAAUCAACUCUAAAUUGGAUUCCACGGUUAAAGGUGCGAUGACUGGUUACCUCACAAACAGCUUUGAAAUGGAGGUACAAAUACCGAAUGAAUUGGGAUUUGAGCCUGUAGCCCUUUAUUUGGAUAGAAAAUCCAAUUAUAGCCAUGCAACGCUAUCUAAAAUCCAAGAGGCUGCAAUUCAAGAGGUCCGGUCCGGCGAUCCUCAACAAGAAUCGAACAUUGAUUCCAUGUAUUUUUCUGGCAAAAUACUAGCAAAAUACGCAUGGAUCCUCUAUGUGACACAUUAUAUUCUUCACGAUGAAACUUUAACUAGAGAGUUACUAAGUAAACUGAUUAUCGCAGUAGAGAGAUUUAUUACGAAUGAGCAAGUUUUACCCUUAACUUAUGAUUCUACAUGGAAGGGUAUAAUUUCCUCAGGUACUUCUAGCCAAGAUUUCGGUAAUUCCAACUAUAAUGAUCAUCAUUUCCAUUACUCCUAUCACGUUAUAACUGCGGCCAUUAUUUCUUUAGUCGAUAAUGACUUAAAUGGAGAUACUAACAACCAUUCUUGGUUAAGUACCAAUAGAGAUUGGGUCGAGUGUUUAGUUAGAGAUUAUUCUGGUGCCGACAGCAAUGAUCCAUACUUUCCUCAAUUCAGGUCAUUUGAUUGGUUCAAUGGUCAUUCAUGGGCUAAAGGUUUAUUUCCAAGUGGUGAUGGUAAGGAUGAAGAAUCCACUUCUGAAGAUGUGAACUCUUGUUAUGCAAUAAAAUUAUGGGGGUUAGCGACUAAAAACUCCAAAUUGAUUGAUAUAGCUAACCUACAACUUGGUAUCAUGAAACAUGUUUUUCAGAGUUACUUCCUGUACGAAAAUAGUAAUACCAUUGAGCCUAAAGGAUUUAUCAGAAAUAAGGUUAGCGGUAUUCUAUUUGAAAAUAAAGUUGACCAUGCCACAUAUUUUGGUAUGGAGCCACAAUAUAUUCAUAUGAUUCAUGCUAUUCCUAUAACAUCUGCAUCUUCAUGGGUCAGAUCGCCAACUUUUGUCAAAGAAGAAUGGGAACAAAACAUGCAACCGAUAAUUAAUCAAGUCAAUGAUGGUUGGAAAGGUAUAAUUAUGUUGAAUAUGGCUCUUCUUGAUCCUAAGUUCUCGUAUGACUUUUUCAGUCAGCCAAAUUUUAAUAGAAAUUUCUUAGACAAUGGACAGAGUUUAACUUGGUCGUUGGCUUAUGCAGGUGCCUUCAUUUAG